UACGGCCGUCGCCAGUGUGCCGGCAGACACCGCCCGCAGAACACCGAACACCGCCAGCCCUCCGCCACGACAGACAGUACAGCGCAACGCUUCCGGUCGGCCGUAGGAUAGGGCAGCAGCCGGCGGAGGGACCUCCUCGAGGCGUUCAACUUUCAAAUCUUACACCGAGGGGGCGCGCCCAACGGGCGGAGGGCGGCUCAGCCAUGCUGCUCAAGCUGUACUCGGCCCUCGUGCUCCUGCUGGACAUCCUGGUGCUGACGGUGCGCUGCUUCGUCUCAAUCUUCCAGUCCACCUUUCAGCUGAUCGUGCCGCCCAGGGAGAAGUCUGUCAGCGGCGAAACCGUGCUGAUCACGGGUACGGGUCAUGGCAUGGGCCGUGAGCUGGCCGUCAAGUUCGCCGCCCUGGGCGCCAACCUGGUGCUCGUGGACAUCAACGAGCGCGGGAACGCGGAGACGGCCCGCCUUGUGGCGGAGCUGACGAGCAAGAAGCCGCCGCCCGCCUACCGCUGCGACGUUUCCCGGCGGGAAGAUGUGCUGGCCCUGGCCGCCAAGGUGCGCGCCGAAGUGGGAGAGGUCACGGUGCUCGUCAACAACGCCGGCAUCAUGCCCACCCACCCACUCUUGAAGCACACCCCCGAGGAGAUAAAGAAGAUUUUCGACAUCAACGUGCUGGCACACUUCUGGAUGCUUGAGGCAUUUUUGCCAAGCAUGAUACAGAAGAACCAUGGCCAUGUUGUUGCUCUUUCGUCAAUGGCAGGUACCAUGGGCCUGUCAAACUUAGUGCCAUACUGCGCAUCCAAGUUUGCAGUGCGAGGUCUUAUGGAGGCCAUUUCUGAGGAGUUGCGAGAAGAUGCCAGAAACAUCAAUGUCAAGUUUACAACAAUUUGUCCUUUCAUGGUAGAUACAGGACUCUGCGAAAAGCCCAGGAUCAAAUUCCCUUCAAUAUUAAGUAUGCUUGGACCAAGUGAGGCAGCUGACGAGAUCAUCACAGCAAUGAGAAGAAAUUACCAUGAAGUCUCGAUACCUAGGUCACUACUAAAUAUCAACAAUGUGUGCAGAGUUUUCCCUGUUAAAGUUUGCCACCUAAUAAAGGACUUCCUGGACAGUGGGGUGGAUGCAGUUUGAAACUGAGGUGUUUGACAAACUAUUUUUGAAGGCUGUGCAUUUUACAGAUUUUAAUUUAAGAUGAUCAACGUACAUAUUUUCACUCUAAUUGGUGAAAAAAUUAAAAAGUACAAUUACAAUUAAGGAAAAAAAAUUAUAUGAUUUCAAGUGAAUGUAUGUGUCUGGUUCAAGAAUGAGUGCUUAACCUUUCUGAUAAUUUAAUAAAAUCCUACUUUUGUAGUGGUACUUUCCAAAAUAAAAUGUGGCCCCCUUUUGGAAAAUGUUCGGAUUUACCAAAAGUAAACAGCUUUGCUUAUUUAUAAAUGUAACAUGUGUGUUUUAAUUUAAAGUCAUUUCGUUGAAAAGAAUAAAUGUAAAACUAACUUA